GCCUUACUCAGGUUUAAAGACCCAAGUCCUAGUCAAGAAGGAGAUGGUAUUGUCUUUCAUAUAUUUUGGAUUUCAGAGGAAAGUUUCAAGAGUUUCAUUCUAGGGCCAUUUACAACAGCUGCCAGGCAAAGGAGAAGAUGCAAUCUAAUGUCAGAACCACUUCAAGAUCAUAAAUUUCAAGCCUCCCAACCCUGACCUGGCUGAUAAAGAUCAGAUAGUGACUGAAUAGAAGCUGUUGCAGCCCCGAUUCCAUGAUGUACCAGCCACUUGAAUGUUCACAAGCUAAUUACCCACAAGUUGAAUAUCAAAGAAGACAGCAAUGCUGGGGCCCUAUAAGUCUAUCUCUUUUCACAUUGGCAAUCAUAGUGAUCAUAGGAAUUGCCAUUGGUAUUGUUACUCAUUUUGUUGUUGAGGAAAUUAUUAAGGGAAUGUGGCAAAAAAUAUGCUCAAGAGAUGAUAAGUCAUUCUACUAUCUUGCUUCUUUUAAAGCUACAAAUAUAAAAUAUAGAGAAUGUUAUGGAAUAAGAACCUCAAAACAGUUUAUAGAAAGGAGUCAUCAGAUUGAGAGAAUGAUGUCUAGGAUAUUUCAACAUUCUGGAGAGGGUCGGUUUAUCAAAUCUCAUGUUAUCAAAUUAAGUCCAGAUCAAAAUGGUAUGAACAUUCGUAUGGUGCUUGUGUUUCAAUUCCCAUCCACCAAUAGUGCUGAGCAAGUCAGGAAAAAAAUUGAAAGGAUUCUAUAUCAAAGUCUGAAGAGAGAACCCAUGCCUUUGACUAUAUACAAACCAUCAUUUACACUCACACCUAUCGACAACAAAAAGAUGAGGAAUUUUCUCAAUAGUCGCUGUGGAAUAAGGGUGACACCUUCAUACAUGCCAUUACCAGCAUUUGCGUCUGUGGAAAGAAUUGUCCAAGGAAGUGAAGCAGCUCUGGAAGGGGAGUGGCCAUGGCAGGCCAGCCUCCAGCUCAUAGGGGCUGGCCAUCAAUGUGGAGCCAGCCUCAUCAGUAACACGUGGCUGCUCACGGCAGCUCACUGCUUCCGCAGAAAUAAAGACCCAAAUAGAUGGAUCGUUACUUUUGGUAUAACUAUAACACCACCUGCAGUGCAACGAAGUUUGAGGAAAAUUAUCAUUCAUGAAAAUUACCGUAAAGAAACAAAUGAAAAUGACAUUGCUUUGGCUCAGCUUGAUACCCGAGUUGAGUUUUCAAAUGUAGUUCAGAGAGUUUGCCUCCCAGAUUCAUCCAUAAAGUUGCCACCUAAAACAGGUGUAUUUGUCACAGGAUUUGGAUCCAUUGUAGAUGAUGGACCAACACAAAAUAAACUACGGCAAGCCAGGGUAGAAACCAUAAGCACUGAGGAGUGUAACAGAAAGGAUGUAUAUGAUGGCAUGAUAACUUCAGGAAUGUUGUGUGCCGGAUUCAUGGAAGGAAAAGUAGAUGCAUGUAAGGGAGAUUCUGGUGGACCUCUGGUUUAUGAUAAUCAUGAAAUCUGGUACCUAGUUGGUAUAGUAAGUUGGGGACAAUCAUGUGCUCUUCCCAAAAAACCUGGCGUCUACACAAGAGUGUCUCAAUAUCGAGACUGGAUUGCCUCCAAGACUGGUAUCUAGUGUGAACUGACCCUGAAUUUUAUCCAUCGCACAUAGAGCUAAAACUCCUGCAUAUUAUGUAUUAUUUAUAUUCUUGUGAUUUGAAUCAGUUCUUUUGCUGAAUGUCAAGAAGUCCUUCAGAGACAGAGCAAUCUAAUAUCAUGAGGUGAACUUUGUGUACAUGGGACAGAAAUCUUUCUCUACCUCACUCACAUGGGAAAUUGUGAUCGUAUUAAUCAGAUGAAUAUUUAUAUAUACUUUCCUUCCAUUGAAGAUGGGAACAUCAUUUUCCACAGGAUAUGAAGUGCUGCCAGGGCUCUCAAAAUCUUACCUCAUAUAGUACCUGGAGCACUUGGGAUUCAUCUAGCAAAAUAUGAAACAGCAACCAUCCUUGAGGAUUUAGGGCUCCAGUAUUCUAGGACUGAUUACUGGACCUUCAAUGGUUUGAAUGGAGUAUGUGAGAUUUGCAAUAUAACUUGAAUUCUACCCUGGGUUUACAAAUAAUAAUACAGAAUAAAUAAUAAAUACAGAAUAAACACAAAAUAAUACAGAGUAAAUAAAUAAUAAACCAUGAGAAUUGCCAUGUAAAAGGUGUUUAAAUAUAUCUGAACUUGCUAUUAACAUUGGGUUAUACACAUCAGUGCUAGCUUCAGAACACAUGUUGUAUUGUUAAUAAGCAUUUCUGCUUUCUUCUUUAACAGCAUCUUUCCAUUCACACAUCAUUUGAAGCUAGACUGAAAAGGAGACAACUCCUGGGAGCAAUUUUUCAUGGGUAUAAGGAGGAUAAAAAGAACUAAUGGAACCUAGGCUAUCAGAGAUGUUUCAAAUGAUUACUAACAAAACAAGCACUCUUUAGAUUUUUGGUGGAAUGAAACAUCCAAUUAUCAUUUAGAUAUACCUAUAUCAUAUACAGUGCUUUUAUAAGUCUUCAGUUCUCUGACAAGUCAGAUGUCUACUAGAAUGUCAGGUUAGGAAAUCUGAUUUGUGAAAAGUACUUGGCACAGUGUCUGGCAUAUAUUAUACACUAUAUAAAAGUUUGUUAUAAUGGGAAGGAAUGCCUUUAUGAAUUUUAAAGUUAAUGAACUUGUUUAAUGAGUGAAUGACCUGGGGCUUAAAACAGCCCCAGGUCUAGUAGGAGAGAGCACAGGCUUAGAACCAGACUGCUUGAGCUUGAAUGUUGACUCUGACAUGUGUAAACUAUGGGUCCUUAACAUCUCUGCAUUAGCACUUUCAUCUCUACAGUGAGAAUAAAAAUGAUACCUACCUCAUAUCAUUAUGAGGAUUAAAUGCACUCAUACAGGUAAAUUACUUGGAACAGGGUCUUUAUACAACAGGCUCUCAAUAUGGACUGUGUAUCAUGCCAUGAGUGCAUGCUCAGUUGUAUCUAUCUCUGUGACCCCAUGGACUGAAGCCCGCCAGGCUCCUCUGUCCAUGGGAUUUUCCAGGCAAGAAUACUGGAAUGGGUUGCUGUUUCUUAUUCCAGGGGGAUCUUCCUGACCCAGGGAUCGAACCCAUGUCUCCUGCACUGACAGAUUGGUUCUUUACCACUGAGCCACCUGGGAAGCACGUAUAUGGAUUAGCUGCUACGAAUUAUUAUUAAUGUGCUUUGGACUCAGUAAAGCAAAAUACUUUUUAAAAAUUGUACUUUGCUUCUUUAAAAUCAUGUAAUUGAUUUCAGAAUAGUUUAAAUUACAUUGUAAAAAAUUAGGUGAAUUACUAGGUUUUCAAAAUCAGUUUUGUAUGCCUCAGUAAUGUAUGUCGAACCAAGUUUGCUUAUACACAAGUAGUUAUAAGAUGCUUGGUCAUCUGUCAUCAAGGCUGUGGCCACAGAGAUGCAGCUAGAUUCACACUCAGGUCCCAAACAUGAGGUCUCAAAUUCUAGACUUGUUGCUCUGAUUUAUCUAAGAAAAAUCUAGCCUAUUAAUUUCUUUAAUGACCAAAACUUUAAAUUUGCAUGUAUGUGUGUUAUAUGUAAUAUAUAUGUAAACAAGAUAAAAUGUAACUAAACAACUCCUAGUCAUUUAAUGUAAAUGUUAAGAUAUAAUAGUCACAAAAUGGUUAUUCAUAUAUACUGCCUUUUUGAAAACAAAAGAUCACCAAAUUUCUGAUCUGAUGACUCCUAGCAACUAAAUAUCAACAGAAAAAGCAGAAUAAAAAUUUAAAUCAUUAUGCUUCCUUUUAUAUGUAGAGAUACAGCCAAAGCUUUUUGGAAAAUAUUUAACAUAUUCAAAAUGUGUUUGAUUGAUGAUGUAACUUCUUUAUAUUAAAGCCUAACACAGCCUUUAGUAGACACAAGAAAACAAAUCUGUCUAGAUUGGAUGGAUAUGUGCUUUUGUGUACCUAUAUUUUUAUUUCGGAAGACUGUGACUACUCUUUGAAUAUAAAUAUCUGUGAAACUACAUACACAUAUUUAAAUUAUAAUACAGUUAAUUUAAUUCAGCCCAAUGACAUUUUGACACAUAUAGAGGAAUAAAUGCAAUAGACUAUAAAAAUCUAAGAAAUGGAAAAGCAGAUUUUAAAAAUAGAUUUAUAUAUACUAUUUAUAGUUUGAUUCUGAUCUGUUGUGUGGUGAUAUGAGGAUCAUGCAAUAGCUUCCUCAUGUUUUCCAUCUACUAUUUGGGACAUUGGGUGAUCUAGCGCAUGGCAUUGUUGUAAAGCUUUCUUGUAAAAUAAUAGAGUUGAAAAAUCAAAGAAUGUUUAAAACCUGCUCAAAAAAUGCAAAGUAUAUUACUGCAAACUGAUAUUAGUACAGAUGAGGCUGUAAAUGCAUUAAAAUUACACAGAAGUGGGUUUUUUUAGUGUUAUUUUUAUUUAUCAAUAGUAUUGCUUUGUGAAUUUUGCUGAUGUUUUGUGGUUAAAAAAAAAAAAAAAAGCCUGGGCUGUGUCUUGUAUGCUGUGAAUACUAUAAUAACACACACAUCUUUUCAUAGAAAAAAAAAAUAACAACUCUACAAUUUGUCUGACUCAUUGUUUUUAAAAAGACAGGUCAAAGCCAUUUUAGUUGACAUUUAGUUGACAGUAAAUUAUGACAGCACAUAAUUCCUGUAGAACCUUGGUAGAAUUUGGGGUGCCAUGUGGAUGAAAGGGUUAAUUUUUAAUGCUAGAACAAGAUUGAAACAAAAAUUUUGCAAUGUCUAACCACCUCUCAGGAAAAUCUUCAUGAUUCAAUAGCACUAAGAGAAAAAAAUACAUUAAUAGCAAUCAUCCAAUGAACUUGAUGCUUUGCUCAUAUAUUUAUUUGACAGAGAUGGGAUGUGUGCAAGGCAUUCAUUCAUGUCAUCAUGGAAGUGAAAAAUGAACCUGUUACAAAUUAUUGAAAUUAAUGCUAAAGUUAUAGCUGUUAGAGCUAGACAGGACCUAAGAGAUUAUCUAUAUGAAACUUCUUUUUCAAGAAUUCAAAGCCAAGAGAAUUUCCUCAGGAAACACAGUAGAUGAUAAUCAGUAGAGGAAGAGAAUGCAGGAACUCUUUCAUCCAGUUCAGUCAUGAGUUAUGCAUGUUCACUAGACAGGGAUAUUGUGAUUCUAGAAAUCACUGGAAUGAAAUGAUUAUUGCUAGACCAGUGUUUCUCCUAGGAAAAAAGUUCAACUCAUAUCGUGUUUGGCAAAGUAUGUCAUUUAAUCAAACCAGCUUUAUGGUUAAGAUAAAUACCACUUAAAACUAUAUCCAACUAUACCUAUGGAAAUGAAGGAUGAUUUUAAUGUAGGUAAAGUUGUAGAGCUAGUUAAAUUGGCAGGUCAGAAUAAUCCAUGGAAAGUUUCCCCUACAAAUCUACACAAUAUCCCUUCUCUUUCUCAUCCCUCUACACUAAACUUUCUAAUUAAAGCCUUUAGUGGCAUAAAUUAAGAAUCUAUACCAUAUUUUAAAUGAGGAGCAGCAAAAGAUUUCAGAUCUUGCUAAAACAAAGUGUUUGCUUUGAACUUUGUUCUUUUUAAUGCCUCAUUAGAAGAUCUGUUUUAUAAACAAAACUACAGGAAGUGCACUAAAAUGCAGCGAACUAGAAGUUUUGAUUAAGAUGAUUUUGUGAACACUUACAAUGAACAUUCUUUUACAUGUUUCAGUAUUUUUCUUGCCUGAAAGUUUUAACUAUGGCUAAUAAGAAAUGAGAGAAAUGUAAUCAUGUCAGGCAAUUAAGAGAAAUAUAUCUUUGCUCCCACUUGCCCUUAACUUUUUAAAUGGAACGUUAACCUAUCUACCUCACAAUGUCGUGAGAUUUUCUUCUUGAAUGAGAGAGUCCAAGUUCAGAGAAUGUUUCAAACUGCUUGAAAAGUGCCAAGUAUAUUAUUAUAAACUGGUAACAGAAUAGCUGAUGCUGUACACGCACUAAGAUUUCAUUAAGUUUUUAUACAGUCUUAGCAUUUGUGUUUAUCAUUAGUAUUGCUU